GAUGUUUUGAAUGCAGCGUCAGAACAUCGCGAGAGUUUGCCGAGUACACGGAUGAUUGUUAACCGUUGUCAACAUUAGUUUUUGAUAUUUCCUCGUCUUUUCUUCGUCGCUGCGCUUUUCAGGCUAAAAAAACCAUUUAAUUCCGGGCUUAGAAGGCUAUAAGAUCGUUUACACUGUUGUCGUGUUUAUUAGGAAUACUCGUUGGGCGUUUGUGUCACUUUUCCGGUUAGGAGGAACCAGACAAACUAGCUAGUAUUAAGUAGCUAAUUUUGGCUGCUGAAUUCGUCCCACAUUUUUAUUUUGAUGAUAUUUUAUUGUGUUUGAGUCAGCAUCACGAUGUCAGCCCCUUCCGUUUCGCGGCGGUUUAUUGGCAGACAGUGAUGUUGAGACUGACUGGUCUUUUCAGAGUAGCACGCAGGACCGUCUGCAGCGCCGUCGACGACAUGGCGAAGGGCAAGUUUUUCUAUGCAGUAAAGAAAGGCUUCAAACCUGGAGUCUACAACUCAUGGGAUGAAUGUAAGAGCCAGGUGGACAAAUUUCCGUCUGCCUCUUUCAAAAAGUUUGCAUCAGAGAGAGAUGCCUGGGCGUACAUCAGAGGAGUUGAACUUUCUGGAGCUCCACAGGUGACGAAAGCAGCUCAGAGUGUGGAGUCGGGCGUCAGUCUUCUUCCUAAAAGAGGCCCCGAGCCUCUGGAGUACAUCCCUCUUGGUAAGAAGAGAUGUCGCUCAGACAACGAGGAGGUGGUGUCUCCUCCCAAACAAGUCAAACGGUCAGAAAGCUCAUCUUCAGUAAGCACAGACGGAUUCACAUACAUGGGAGACGCUGUGGUUGUUUACACUGACGGCUGCUGCACGGCCAACGGAAAGAGCAGAGCCCGAGCUGGAAUCGGAGUCUACUGGGGCCACAACCACCCACUAAAUGUUGCAGAGCGGCUGCAGGGAAGACAAACCAACCAGCGCGCAGAGAUUCGGGCAGCCUGCAGAGCGCUGGAACAAGCCAAAGAGAAGAAUAUCAAGAAGUUGGUCCUCUACACCGACAGCAAGUUUACAAUUAACGGUGUGACCACCUGGGUGAAGAACUGGAAGCUGAACGGCUGGAGGCUGAAGUCUGGAGGUCAGAUCACCAACAAAGAAGACUUUGUGAAGCUGGACAGACUGAAUGCAGAGCUGGAGGUGGUCUGGAUGCAUAUUCCAGGUCAUGCCGGCUACAGAGGCAAUGAGGAGGCUGACAGACUGUCGAGAGAAGGAGCAGCGCAGCCUUUACCGCAGCAGGAUGAGGCCAGAGACAGUUACCAUUAAAGAGGUCUACUGCAGGACUGAUCACGUGUACUCUGGUUUAUCAACCAGACCGCUUUGAUUCGGAGGUUUGUUUUUCUUCACAAUAGCGCUUGUCACUAAACUGAAACUCGGAGGGGGCACUCUGUGUUUUUCUGUCGAAUGUUGAUUUUUUUAAAUUUGUGUUUCUGCUCUGAAUAAAGUUUUCAGUUUCAUCUGUAA